UUUUUAAGAUUGUUGUUGUUGCAAAUAUUUUUUUUCUGCUCUACCAUUAUUCAUGUUUUGGACUAAGAGUUCCGAGCAGCUCAGAGAAGUAUGCACAGUAGCACGAAUAUUAACGAUAGCUAUUGUAUUGUCCGCACAAAUCAGUACCUGGAAUAUUUUCAACCGGUGUAAAGCUCUAUUCAUAGCACUCGAGAAAAUGUCUGUUAAUAUAGUGAUUUGAACACCGGUAGGAUGCAUACAGCUGCUCAAAUUUUUAUCAUUACGAUUUUGUGUUUAGCAUUCGGAGUCCUGCUUUUCUUACAAAGUUUGAGUAGUAUAAAUACUAAGAAAAACAAUGUGGAGUUUCCUGGCUCUCAACAGGAAAUUGUCAAACGAGAUUGCGAUGAGGAAAUGGUUUACAGCGUUGACGACAUGCAAUGCGACAAAAUAUGUAAAGGUCCGAACCUGUUUCGUGUGAAAAAUGGUGCUUGCGUCAAUUCACUAGCGAUAGAUAUCGAACACCCGUUGAACGUAUGCGAUCCGAAGAAGGGGGUGCUUGCCUAUUUGCUCGGCGAUCCUCAAUUUGGAACCGCGAAAUCAACGUGUUUGAGCAUUGAUAUGGGAAUCCAACCCGAUGAUGGUAGAAACAACAUUAUGUGCCUGAAUGGCACUAUUAAAAUUGAUUAUACUAAAAAGUUCCCUCAACUAGAAGACUGUCACUGUCGUAGCGGGGAUAAGCUCAUCAUUAUACCGAGCACCAGUACUAUCCGCGCACAUGGAAUAUGUGUUGCCAAAGCCUUAAGCAAUUUGUAUGAAUUCAAUGAGCUCGUGUACAAAAAGUUCUGAGAUUUUUGGUACCUCAUCAUAUCAUAAUUCGGGAAAGUAAUGAUCAUAAAUGGCUCGCUCGUUGCUUCGCGCGCAAAACGGAUUAGUCCUAAAAGCGACCAUUACUUGGUUCAUCUUGGCAAGUUCUUUUGAAUCAGUGUAUUUAUUUUCUACUAAAGACUUGUCCAAAGAUCAGAUGUAUAAAGAUCGCUUGGAAACGAACUACUUCUCAGAAGUAAAGUUCAACAGGGAGUCACCGUGAGCACCAAUCAACGUUGAAUUUGUCACGAUUACAUACAAUCGCUAAUACAAAACAUAUCUAGUUAUAACGGGAAAAAAGCUAACUAAAUCUGUUUCAGUCUGUCCGUCGAAUCAAUCGCUCGGGCACGUUUGGAGUUUCACUUUGUCGUGAAUAUCAAAACAAGAUAACGACUCGACUGCUAAAUGCUAAUUCAUCAAUGUUUCUCGGUAUGGUCGUACGAAACUGGAACUUCGUUUUGCCGCAUGACGAACAAAAAGACAUUUGCUUAUGGUAUAUGUAGUUUGGAUGAAUCUUUGACUUGUGGAUGAAUAAUAUUGGCGGCGUGUAUAAUAUAGUGCUUGGAGUGUGCUUUUUAGAAUUGAAUAGUGCAACGAAGUAGGGUUGAAUGAAUUACAUUAUCGCUAAUUAGCGUAAGGAUUACCCCGUAAAAUUCACAACGAUCAUUUGACUGAUACGUAUUUUU